CUAACAUGGCAGCACUGGCAGAAGGCCGUCAUUAUGGGCUCUCAUCGUCAAUUUCAUCUCAGGAACACAAAACUGUGGUCCAAGUAAAAUUAACAGACUCAGCCCUUAAAACUAUUGACGAAUUCCUCAAAAUCAAGGGUGGCAACUCUCAAAGAACACCGACCAUCCAAUUCCAGGGGAACACAGGAAUAAUCUGCAUACCCAGCAAUAACACAAGUGAUCCUGCCCGAACAUUCCAGUUCUCACUGUCUCCAGUGGUCGACUCUAACACCAGCGACUGUGCACACCAACCAGACACAAAACAUGGCAGUCAUCUCAACACGCUGGGCACCAUGUCCCAGAAAAUCGCAAUCCAUGCCACCAGUGAUGUAUUCCAGGCUACGAAACAGCGCAUGAACCAAGCUAUAGCAGAUACCAACAGUGUUUGUACGCAAGAAAUCAAGCCAAGUGGGCGCCACAUUGGCCGCAAAAUCAAGAGAGUGAAACCUGGUCUUGACUUAAGUACCAAACCCACCCCAAGUUCAGCAAAGCUAACAAAGACUGCUAUAGUAUCUUCUUCCCAUGUUCCUCAUGCCAGUUCUGUACGCCCGAGCUCGCUGCAUGCGGGACCUCGCUCUUUAUCUCCCUACCAGAGUAGUCAUGAGCCUUCUAAGGUGUCGUCGUCGGUGUCAUCCUCAUCUUCGCCUUUGUCACAUCACCCAUCGUCGUCGCUUUCAUCAUCCACCCCAGCAUCCGUGCCAGCCAGCAACAAAACCAAGCCUAUCAACCCAGCCAUUGUUGGAGUGCCUAUAAGAGAUCGGAUAAUACACUUAUUGGCCUUACGCCCUUACAAGAAACCAGAGCUACUGUUGAGACUGAAAGCAGAUGGAAUCAUGGAAAAAGACAAGGACACCAUUACUUCUGUACUACAACAAGUGGCCACAUUUAUCCCUCGUGAUAACAAAUACUCGCUGGCCCGUCAUGCUCUUUCGGAGGUGCGACAGGACUGGAAAUUCUAUACAGACACCGACAAGGAACUUGUGAAAAAGAAAUUGGACAAUUUAUCACCAGCAUCAUCUCCUGCUUCUAAUCAAAGAUCUCCAGACAGUCCAAGUAAUUCACAGAAACGGCCAAGUGAAUCGGUGCUUGAUCUGCUUCCAUCCAAAAAACAGCGUAUUUCCCACUCCGUGGCCAAACCCAAGAAAGAAAAUAAACCAAUUGUCGCUGAGGUCCCCAAACGUGAUCAACAUCUCACCGUCAAUGGCCACGACCACACACACAAAAAGGAAAAUAUUGAUGAGAGAGUCCAAGUUGCCACGUCCACCUCUGACAAUCCAGACUACAUGAAUACCUACCAUCCGAUCUCCACUGCUGAACAGCGUCAACGCUACAAACAAGAGUUUAAUCAUGAAUAUGAGGAAUAUAGAGGAUUGCAUAUGAACGUAGAACGAGUGUCAAAGAAGUUCAUGGACUUUGAGGCCAUGCUAAAACAGGCAGAGCCAGGGUCAGAAAGUUACGAGAAUUUGAAGAACAAGAUUCGAAUGGAAUACAAACUACAAAAAGGUGAUGUGAAGUACAUUGAUCAAAAGAAGAGGUUUGACUAUUUACACAAGAAACUUGGUUUCAUUAAACAGCUCAUCCUGGAAUAUGAUCGUACACAAACGAAUGUGGACUCCUAGUGAAGGCUAAACCAGUCUUAUUUUGCUCAAAUCUGGUCUCCGUACACGUCGUUGGAUUUUGUGAUCUCCGUCUUUGAGAUGGACGACCUGGCUCGCCUCAGGACCUGGUGUUAUUCGGAUAUGUGCAACAGCUGUGUCUGUAUUGGCCAUGCUUGAUUUGUUAAUUGGCAAGGAAAGAUAGCUAGAUGAGGCAUCCAUAAGUUUUGUUUUCUAAACAGGCUGGGAAUAGCAUAGAUAAAAAGGAUUUCAGGAAUUUGGUUCGACAGAUAUAUCUGGGGCUUGAAACUGGCACAACUCGUUUUAGCAGGGAUAAGCUUAUGGCAAUAUUUGCAGAAUUUUUCCCAAUCAUUAAUAUUGAAUUCCUAUUAUAAGCAUAUGUAAUUUAGUGGUAUAUUUUAGUGCUUUUUGUGCUGAAAGAAUUGUGCUAAGUUAUUAUUGUGCUAAUAGCACUUUCUGUAUACUGUUUCUAUAGUAAAAUAAUUUGAGUACCAAUUCAACAGUGGGCUAAUCUAUUACAUUUUGUCAAUGUGCUAAAUUUGAGUGCACCAAAUCAAAUGCAUUUACAGUAUGUCAUAUAGAAACAGCUGAUCCAUUUUCUUCGAAACUGAAAUUCUCCCAAAACGUUCAUGAUCAUGACCUAGAAAAUUAUCCAGUAGAUUUCUGGAAAUUGUUUGGCAUGUGUCCCAGGACAUGUGACCAUACUACCUCCUUUCACACCAGUGUACAGCAAAUCAAGCCUUUGUAAUGGGCUCAUUCCCCGAACAACAACUCUGGUAAAGACAAAGGAAGGUGUUUCUAUAGGAAGGUCUUUGAAGUUUGGUUAUAGUCUGUUUCAAUAUGAAAUACCAACUC